AUGGUCUCAACGUACCAGAUGCCGUCCUUCUACAGACCGACACCUUUGACUGUAGACACAACACAAGCGCAAAAGUACUACGAAGAGGAGGACCACAGCAUCCUCGACGAAACCAUCUUGGAUCACAGCGCACUCGACUCGGGCCUGGAAAUGUCGCCUCCUAUGGUUGAUAGCAGAAGAGAUUCCUUCGCCGUUGGCGGCUCUCUUUUCUCACCAAAGACGGAGGACUGGCAGUCAGUCGAUAUGCAAUCCGUACCAUCCAACAACCCCUUCAUCGAGCAGCAGCACAACAACAACCCCUUCAUGCGCCUGGAUCAUGCUCAGCCCUCCCCUUUCGCCCCUCAAGGCAACGGAUGGUCCCUGAGCAACACCUCUGGCUCUUGCACCCCCCUCCAGCAAUUCGAUGGCAUGCCGGCUGAAUACGACAAUGGCGCUCCCAUGUUCCAAAGACCCGUCCCGGGUCAGACGCCCUUCACCAACCCCACCGGUCAAAUCAACAUGUUCGCACCCAUCGGAUCAGGUAACCAGUCCAUUCCAACUUCACCGCAAAAGGGAUGGAUCGGUCAGACGGAAUCUAUGGCCAAGAAGAUGCGCCCUGGUAGCCCUACCAUCCGCUCACACAACGACAUGAGAAGGGGUGACGGCAUCCGCAAGAAGAACGCCCGCUUCGAUAUCCCGGCCGAGCGCAAUCUCAGCAACAUCGAUCACCUCAUCGCUCAGUCCACCGAUGAGCAAGAGAUCAAGGAGCUCAAGCAGCAAAAGCGAUUGCUGAGAAAUCGCCAGGCAGCCCUUGACUCUCGCCAGAGAAAGAAGCAACACACCGAGCGCCUUGAGGAUGAGAAGAAGCAAUUCACCGCUGUGCUCACCGACUUGGAGGAAGAAAUGGCCGACAUGAGGAAACAGAUGGAGCAGCUGUUGAGAGAAAAGCAGUUCAACCAGGAGUACAUCGAGUCACUCACCAUGGAGAAGGAAGAGAUGAUCCGCUCUCACACGAUCGAAACGGGCGAACUUCGGAAGAAGGUCAGCGUCCUUACCGACCACGUCCAGCGUCUCGAGAGCGCCGCCAUGACCGCUCCUGCCAACAACAACUAUGUUUCCGGCUACGACGACAUGGACGGCAUGACCAUGCCAGGCAGCUGGGACAACGUCAACUUCCUCGGCGAGUACCCCAUGGAGCAGGAAGUCAAGCAGGAGCUCCAGGUGGUUCCGGCCAAGAAGGCUGAUGUUUCCUUCCCUGUCGACUCCGAGAAGUCUUCCUCCCAGGGCGGCAUCCUCUUCAUGCUCUUCCUCGUUGGUGCCUUUGUUCUGUCAAGCCGCUCUACCCCUGCCAUUCCCCGGGUAUCCGAGGACGUCCGCGCUGAAGCCGCCACUCUCCUCGAGAAUGUGUUCAAGGAUGCCGGCGUGAACGGAGCAUCCAACACCCUGAACGCUCUCGCUCCUCAACCUUCCGGCGGCUCGUGGGUCGACAACUCGGCCAUGCCUAUGGGUGACACCUCCAUGGGCGGUGUGGCGCCUUCGAUGCUCGGCCAGCUUGGCGACUCUCUCACUCAGCCUACCGAUGAACAAGCGAACGAGCAACUCUUUGGACUCUCGGCUGCUCAGUACAACGGCGUCAGCUCGCAGGAUUUCCUCAACAAUGCCCCCGAGCGCACCACCAGUCAAGGACGCAAGAACCUUGCCGAUGCCCUCUCAGCAAUGCGGACCAACAAGCAAUCCGCAGCCGACGUCUACACUAGAUCACUACUUUGGGAUCAGAUCCCCAGCGAAGUUGUCAGAAACUUUGCCAAAAUGGUGUCCGAAAGCAACAGCGCGAAAGCGGGCGCUAACGAAUAA